CGCUUGGCAAUAGCGGAAAAAGCCCUGGAGUGCGAAGAGCACGAUGUAAACCUGCCGCUGAGCGAGCACAACGAACCGUGGUUUAUGCGCUUAAAUUCCUCUGGAGAGGUACCUGUCCUCAUCCAUGGGGAAAACAUCAUUUGUGAGGCAACGCAGAUCAUCGAUUACCUGGAAGCAACGUUUGUAGACGACGAAGUACCAAGAUUAAUGCCAGAAGAAGGGAGCAUGUAUUAUCCAAGGGUGCAACACUAUAGAGAGCUUUUAGACUCCUUGCCUAUGGAUGCCUACACGCAUGGCUGCAUCCUGCACCCCGAGUUAACAGUGGACUCCAUGAUUCCAGCCUAUGCUACCAGCAGAAUUCGUAGCCAAAUAAGUAACACGGAAUCAGAGUUGAAGAAACUUGCGGAAGAAAAUCCAGACCUUCAAGAUGCCUAUAUAGCAAAACAGAAGCGCCUUAAAUCUAAACUGCUGGAUCAUGAUAAUAUAAAAUACCUAAAGAAAAUACUGGAUGAACUGGAAAAAGUUUUGGAUCAGGUUGAGACUGAAUUGCAGCGGCGAAAUGAGGAAACGCCAGAAGAUGGAAAUCAGCCUUGGCUCUGUGGCGAUUUCUUCAGUCUGGCAGAUGUAUCACUUGCUGUCACAUUACAUCGCCUGAAGUUUCUGGGAUUAGCAAGAAGAAACUGGGGAAACGGAAAGCGGCCCAACUUGGAAGCCUAUUAUGAGCGUGUCCUGAAGAGAAAAGCAUUUUACAAAGUUUUAGGACACGUCAACAAUAUAUUGAUCUCAGCCGUGCUGCCAACGGCGUUCCGCGUGGCCAAGAAAAGGGCGCCCAGGGUUCUCGGCACCACCCUGCUGGUCAGCGUGCUGGCGGGAAUAGGCUAUCUUGCUUUCCUUUGUCUACGGAAGAGGUUUGCCAACGUGAUGUUAUCCAUUAGAACCAGGCAAAAUUAUUUUUAGACCCAUAUGUUCCUGGUGGGGAGUGGAGGGGACCUCUACCCCCCAGGAAAAUAUCCCCAAUAAAAUAUAAACGUAGAAGAAAGGUUAUGCCUGUGAAUUAGAACAUUGUCACACAGUAAUUGUCUCCUGCUGUUGUAUAAUUGGAUUGGCAAUGCCGAGAUAUUUGUGGACAACAAAGGAAAGAAGAAACUUUCUUUUCAGAUGGGGACCUAUAAGGGCUGUGACAGUGCUUUGUUAAAGUCGUUAUUGUCUCCUUUACCCAGUAGCUGACCUAAUUACAGUGCUUUUAUUUAAUAGAUAUGCAGCAAUGUGACAGCUUUUCACUGUGGGUGAAAUGCAUUACUGUGCAGAAACCAGCAUUGUUGAAAUACUGAAAACAGCACUUACUUUAAA